AUGGAAAAUGGCGUUUUUACUGAUGAUGGACAACCUUGGAGGCACGCGCGUGCUCUCAUUAGGCCAACGUUUACUCGCUUUGAGAUUACGGAUUUGGAAUACUUUAAAACAUUUGUUGAGAGAUUCCUGGCGCUUUUCCCGCGAGAUGGCAGUGAGUUUGACAUGUUGCCACUGGCAAAAAGAUUGUUCUUGGAUACUUCAUCGGAGUUUAUCCUUGGCCAAUCCGUUAAUUCGCUCUUACCAACAACGCCUCCAGAGGAAUUGGAGUUUAUUGAAUCGUUCGACCAUUGUCUGACAGGUCUUGCAUUGCGUCUCGUCGCUGGGCCUCUAAGACCUCUCUUUAAGCUCGAUCCCACUUUCAAACCCAAUUACCAAAAAGUCCACAAAUUCGUUGACAAAAAUGUGCACCUCGCUAUUGAACGAGCAAGAAAAUUACAGGCAGCAGGCAAGACAGGAGAGGAGGAAGAGGAAGGUGUCAAGAAGAAGUGCAUUCUCCUUCAUCAAAUGGCAAUGGAAAAUCAGGAUGCAGCUUACUUGAGGGCUCAAACUCUCAAUGUUUUUUUCCCCGCUCGCGACACCUCUGCACUAGCUAUCGGCAACAUCGUGUUCGAGCUAGCUCGUCACAUAGACUGUUGA